GAAGUGAGACUAAAUUUACAGAUCUAAUAUAUUUGGUUGUGUAUAGGCAGAAGAAGAGAAAAUGAGAAGACACCUCGUGCUAGCCAAACCUUUUUCCCUGGAAGAUGAGAAAGAUUCUGAGCACACAGCUUCGAAUGUCAUCCGCAAGAUCCUCAGCCUCAUUAAGACCGUACGCCCAGGGUCUGAUCUCACCAAUUUUCAGCUGCCACCUCAGCUGAACCUACCAAGAUCACAACUCCAAAGUUACGGCGAGAUGGUCUACAGCUUCAGCGGUAAGGACCUGCUUGGGGAAUGCAGCCGUCGCGAUCUUCCCAUUGAACGGCUCAAAUCGGUGGUGACAUGGAACAUCUCCACACUCCGUCCGGUGGUUGUUGGCAUGUCUCCGUACAACCCUGUUCUCGGCGAGACUCACCAUGUCUCCAACGGUCACAUCAACGUCUUGACCGAACAAGUAGUGCAUCAUCCACCGGUGUCCGCACUUCAUGCGACUCACGAGAAGGAAAAGAUUGACGUGACAUGGUGUCAAUAUUUCACUCCUAAAUAUCGUGGUACUUACGUGGAUGUUGAGGUAAAAGGUAAAAGAAUUAUGAAGCUGCUGAGUCGAAAAGAGACUUAUGAGAUGGACCAGCCGAGACUAAUAAUGAGAUUCUUACCGGCGCCGGGAGCUCACUGGGCCGGAAAAGUUAAGAUAAAGUGUCCGGAGACUGAUCUCGAAGCUGAGUUACAUUUGAUUUCCGAUUCCUUCAUCGAAAGGUUCAGAGGCAACAACAAUAGAUCAAUCAAGGGAAAGAUCUUUCAAUCUUCAUCUGGUGAUAAGCUCUACGACAUCUUUGGCCAUUGGGACAGAACAGUCAUGGCAAAAAAUUUGAAGACUGGUAAGCUCGAAGUUAUAUACAAUGCCGAAGAGAAUAUCACAGGACUCAAACCUCCAAUAGUCAAAAAUCUGAAGGAGACUGGUAAGCUCGAAGUUAUAUACAAUGCCGAAGAGAAUAUCACAGGACUCAAACCUCCAAUAGUCAAAAAUCUGAAGGAGGUAAUGGAGACCGAGUCGGGGAUUACAUGGAGUGAAGUAAGUGAAGGAAUACUGAAGAAAGAAUGGGAAAGCGCAAGAGAAGCUAAGAGAGCUGUGGAGGAGAAGCAGAGAGAGUCUCUGAAACAGAGAGAAGCUUCUGGUGAGUCAUGGAUUCCCAAACAUUUCUCAGUGAUCAAAAAGGGUAAAGACUGGGAUUGCUCACCACUACAGCCCACGGUUCCUCGGGCUCCACUCGUCAUCACAAAGGCACAAGAAUUCAAGAAUUCAAAACUUUGUGUUGAUGAUAGCUAAAGUUAUUACAAUUCCA